AGAAUCAACGUUUGAAAACGAAAUUGAUGAAGAGAGAGCAUCUUUACAAAAAUCCAUCAGUGUUACUAGUGCCUUGAUCACACAAAAAGAUGAGGAACUGGAAAAACUCAGAAACGAGAUCACGGUGCUCCGUGGAGAAAAUGCUUCUGCAAAAACCUUGCAGUCAGUGGUUAAGUCACUGGAGUCCGAUAAAUUGAAACUUGAGGAAAAGGUGAAGAACUUGGAGCAAAAACUCAAGGAAAACAACGAAAAGCCUUUAACUGUAACUGGCUCCUCAGGUGACAUUGCUGCUAAUCUACUUCAAGAUGAAAUUGCAAAAGAGAAGCAGCAGGAGAUUGACUUCCUGAACUCGGUGAUAGUAGAUCUGCAAAGGAGAAACGAAGAACUGAACUUGAAAAUACAAAGAAUGUGUGAAGCAGCCCUCAAUGGCAAUGAAGAGGAGCUAAAUAACUGUGACAGCGAGGAAGAAAGCUUGUCAAAGAAGAAACCUCGUCUCUUCUGCGAUAUCUGUGGCUGCUUUGAUCUGCACGACACUGAAGACUGUCCGACCCAGGCACAGAUGCUGGAGGAGCCGCCCCACUCAGCUUAUCACGGCAGCAGGAGAGAAGAACGUCCCUAUUGCGAUACCUGCGAGAUGUUCGGGCACUGGACAGCCGACUGCAACGACGACGAGACCUUCUAAUGCAGCGCGCGGCCGCGAGCAGACCCUGCGCGCCCCGGCCGGACGAUUUACACCACCAGCAUCGGUCUGUGCUGAAUGUCAGGAACAGGGACAGCGUUUCCUGCCCCCCUCGCUCCCGUUCCCCUGCCCAUCCACUCCAGAAUCAGUACAUUGAUCGAUAUUUUGCUCCUCCACUAAUAAAUUCCCUAUCUCCCUUUAGUAAACUUAAGUGACAUUAUAAAUAAAUGGUUUAACAAAGGAUUUUAUGCUGUUUCUUCCCAGGUUCUGG